CAACCAUCCAAACAAGGGAUAAGUGUAACUGAAUCAAACGGCCCUUAAAAGUGUAGUAGUACUGCAUUUCCAUUUUCCUUUUUUAUUUUUUUCUCUUAUUGGCCACUGUAGCAUUCUUCCCGCCAACACCAACCCCACCCACGAAUCUCACAAAGCUUCCUCUCAAGUUUAAUUCAAGUGACCGAACCCAGGAAAUGUGUAAAACUAAAAAGAUAAUUUCUCUCUCUAUACAUAUUUCUCUCUGAUACUCACCGGAAAUAAUGGCAGAUAAAUCGAAAUCCCAAACCCAGGUUGAAAUCAGGCAACACUGUGCUCCAACGGCGUCGGCAUUCUCCACUGAGAUGACGGCCGACGGGCUACUGAAAGAAGACAAAGUUCCAUUCCCAUUCUUUAGGCCGUUGUCUCAGAAGAGAGCAAACACAUGGAUCAUUUCUCUCUUUGUGAUCCUUCACUUGGGCGCUUUCACAGUUACAAUGAUUGUUAACGACUGUUGGGAGAAUUCUCAUGGAGAUUGUGCCCUAAAACCUCUCCGUCGGUUCUCUUUUCAGCCUCUUUCAGAGAAUCCUCUGCUCGGUCCCUCUGCUUCUGCGUUGGAAGAAAUUGGAGCACUUCAGAAGACUUUGUUGACUAAUAAUCAACAAUUGUGGCGCAUCUUCACAAGCCCAUGGUUGCAUGCAGGGCUUUUUCAUCUGAUCAUCAACUUGUCCUCAGUAAUCUUUGUGGGACUUCACUUAGAGCAAGAAUUUGGACCAUUAAGGAUUGGAGUUAUCUACAUACUCUCAGCAAUUACUGGUAGUCUAGUUGCUUCACUUUUUGUUCAUGAUCGGCCAUCAGUUUGUUCCUCUGGUGCAUUGGUUGGAUUGCUUGGUACACUGCUCUCUGGCCUCAUCAGGAGUUGGAAAUCUUAUACUAAUAAGUUUGCAGGGCUUGUGGCUACCAUGAUAAUCCUGAUGACUAAUCUUGUCCUCGGACUGAUACCUUACAUCAAUAAUUUUGCUAAUAUUGGAGGAUUUAUGUCAGGAUUCCUUCUGGGGUUUGUGCUCUUGUUCAAGCCUCAACAAGAGAAACUAGCCCGAAAUAAGGGAGGCUUAUUUGACUUUGAUGCCAAGGACAUUGUCAAAUGUAGGAACAGUUUGGACAAGCCUGUUCAGAGGGGUGCUGCUCUUGUUAUCUUUGCUUUUUUGCUUGCAGGAAUUAUAAUGGCAGUUCUGCAUGACAUUGACAUAAACAAGUACUGUAGCUGGUGUCACUACUUUGAUUGCAUUCCAUCCAAAUGGUGGAGCUGCACUGACAAAGCAUUUCAUUGUGAGAAGAUGGUCAACUCAGAGCAUCUGACUUUGAGUUGUCCAAAUACUGGUAGAUUCAGAGUUUUUCCAUUCACCAACAUUUCAGAUGCAAGGUUUCAGGACAUAUGCAAUCUGAUAUGCUCCUAGCAGGUCAUGGUUGAGUUUUGGUGACUAACUUUUUGCAGGAUAUAUACUUGUAUUAGGUGUAAAAUACUGUGCUUCAAGAGUUCUUAAUCAAAUUCUUGUCCAUAACAUCGGCAUCAAACAUGUAAAUAUGAAGGAUUUACCUGUUGACAUGUGGAUAACCUUGUUCCUCUUGCUUAUAAAGCUUCUUUUCUUAGUGUUCA